GCGCAUGCGCGUUACAGGAGAGUGGGGCGAGAAAAUGGCGGCGUUUCUGACCCACCAGCAAAAAGUCCUGCGACUUUAUAAAAAAUCUCUGAGACACAUUGAGUCUUGGUGCGUUUUCAGAGAUAAGUACCGUUUCUACGCCUGCAUGCUGAGGGCUCGCUUUGAUGAGCAUAAGAAUGAGAAGGACAUGGUAAAGGCCUCCAAGCUGCUGAAGGCUGCGGAAGAGGAGUUCUGGGCGAAUCAGCAUCCUCAGCCCUACCUGUUCCCCGAUUCCCCUGGCGGAACCUCCUACGAGAGAUACGAGUGCUACAAGGUUCCUGAAUGGGUUCUGGAUCACUGGCACCCCUCUGAGAAGGCCGAGUACCCUGAUUACUUCUCCAAGAGAGAGCAGUGGAAGAAGCUGCGAGCUCUGAGCUGGGAGAAGGAGGUGAAGCAGCUGCAGGAGGAGACUCCAGCUGAUGGCCCCAGGACCGAGGCUCUUCCUCCGGCCCGCAAGGAGGGCGAUCUCCCCCCACUGUGGUGGCAGUUUGUGACCCGGCCCAGAGAGAGGCCCAUGUGAGAGUCCUGCGUGAGACGCCCUGCUUUACAAACCUCUCUCUCAUGCUUUUUUUUUUUUUUGCACUCUGACAUGUUCGUGUUUAAAAUUGGACUUGAUCCAACAUGUUAACGUGCAAAUUAGCACGAACGCCAUACCCACAAUGCUAAUUCACACUUGGUAUCAGCAUUUAACAUGUGUAUGGAGUGUAACUAGACUGUACAGACAUGUAAAACACCCAGUGUGCUUAAGAUUCAAAUAAAUAAAUGUUAAUCAGA